UGUUAUUUUAUUUUGCUUGAGUGUGUUUAGUUGUGUUGCGAUUGCGAUGACAGAUGACAAUUGACAAAUAAACGGCGGUAGAAUUAAUAUCAGGUGACAUGUGACAGUUGAAACGUCAGGUGAAAGAUGUAUAAAAAGGGGACGAUCGCCCGGAGAGGCACUGAAUGUCGGAUAGAGCUAACGAACGGUCGUGUUCGCAGCACAACUGACGUCACUAUAUUCCAUGUGAUUAUUUUGGAAUUAAAUCUCAAAUUAUUUCGUGCAUCCUUUAUUAUUUUGCAACCAAAGUUUGGUUAUCAAUAAAGACUAGUGUAGUGGACAAUAGCGUGCUGUUAUUUCAAAGUUACCUUUAUGUCGGACGGACAUCCAGACGGUCGUGAAAAUGAAGUUUUCCCUCCUCCGUCGUUAUCAAAAGUGGGAUUACCGCCUAUGCGCCCACCUAAUUAUCGACCGGAACUAACAGCUGACGGAGAAGAUAAAUGGCGCUUGAUGCUCGAUCAACAGAACCGAAACUUUCUCGCAUUGUUGCAAGCGACGAAUGCUCCUACUUCAAGUAAGAUUAUCCGUUUACCCGAAUUUGAUCCAGAUAAACAAAGUGUGGACGCACGUGCCUGGGUCACCACGGCUGAUAUGUGCAUGGCUGAUGGAGAGCUUCAGGGUGCGUCGCUCAUGAUAACGUUGAGUCGAGCGUUGAAAGGACAAGCGUCAACCUGGUUAUCACAGGUUACAUUUCCGGGCAUGACGUGGAGUGAAUUUAAGGAGAAUUCCAUCGCAAGAUAUGAUUGCCCUGAGACACCAGCUGCUACACUGAUCAAUUUGAAUAGCAGUACGCCAAGAGAAGGCAGUCUUGCAGCUUAUUCUUCACAUGUACUCACUUCGCUAAUGGCACGAUGGAAGAAUUUGACGGUCGAACAGAUCGCAAUAUCCACCGUCCUCGCUCAUUUAUCAUCCGUCGAUCAUCGUGGACAGCGAUUGGCGUUCACAACAGAAAUUGAUACGAGAAGCAAACUACAAAAGGAGCUUCUUGCCAUGUCUUUCUUGAAGCGCAAGAACUCGAAGGCUCCGAGUGAUUCUGACUUGGACAAUAAAAGGUUCAAGUCCAGUUUUACAGCGGUUAGCUCUAGGUGCUACCGGUGUGGCAAAUCAGGCCACAAGGCAUCUGUGUGUUACAGUAGAAGGGACUCUACUUUGGACAACAAGUCAGGCAGUAUUUCCGCAACGAAGACCAGGGAUACCAGCUCUAUUACCUGCUUCAAGUGCAAGAACCAAGGCCACUACGCAAACCGAUGUACCGCAGUGGGCAGUGGAGGAUCUGGAAGUGGUGGCAAUAGCACCAGCGGCAGUGUUGCUGCAGGCGUAGCUACUGAGCAACGUCGAGUGGACAUUUGCGUGGUUAACGCACCCUCUGGGACUUUACAUCAAUCUGGUGAGUCGUUUGCCUUUUGUUACGCCUCUGGAGCAGAAUGCUCAUUAGUUCGAAAAUCCGUUUCGUCCAAACUUAAGGGUGAGCGCAUUUAUUCUGUCGUUACUAUGACUGGAAUAGGUCAAGCGACAGUGAACAGCAACUUUAAAAUUGUAGCUUGUGUGGAAAUUGAUGACGUCACCCUAAACAUUGUUUUUCACGUUUUACCUGAUGAAUACCUUCAGCAUGACUUAGUAAUAGGACGAGAAAUUUUGACAAAUGACGGUACCGACCGCAUGUGCGUCGAUUAUAGGCAACUUAAUGAUAACACUGUGCCUGACAGAUUUCCUUUGCCGGUGAUUUCGGAUCAGAUUAAUAGACUUCAUGGUGCUUUAUAUUUUACGACCCUAGACAUGGCUAGUGGAUUCCACCAGAUUCACCCGGACUCCAUAGAGUGUACUGCCUUUGUCACGCCUAAUGGACAAUCCCACCAACCUUCCCAUGGCCCCAUCGACGAAUUCGUCAUAUGGGCCGAAUCAUGA